AACCUAACCUGAAAGUAGAAAUAAAAAAAGCAGAAGUAGAAUUAUUCAGUUUAUUUGCUGAUAAUAGCUGGCUUUCCAUUUUAUAUUUGCUAAAAUUAUCUAAAUAAAAGAGAUAAUAUAUAAUAGUAUUACCUAAAACCAUAAUUUAAAUCAGAAAAAUGAAUAGAAAAGAGGCAUUAUCUUCAUUCAUUCAACAAAUUCAUGCGAGACCUGUAGUAGUUAAGUUGAAUAGUGGAGUUGAUUACAGAGGUGUUUUAGCAUGUUUAGAUGGCUACAUGAAUAUUGCUUUAGAGCAAACAGAAGAAUAUGUGAAUGGCCAAUUGAAGAAUAAAUUUGGUGAUGCUUUUAUCAGGGGAAACAAUGUUCUGUAUAUAAGUACUCAGAAACGCCGUAUUUAAGUGUGAAUUUUGAAAUAAUUUGUAAUUUAAAUUUAUGAAUCUGGGAGGAUAGAGUGAAUAUUUGCUUGUGA